AUGGAGUAUCCUUACUACUUGGCCUUAUAUUAUUAUAUCACGGAAGGUCGUUACCCUCAUGGUGCGGAUGAGUCUACCAAGCGCAAGAUAAGGUAUCAAGCACAACGUUUAGAAGCAUACCAAGGAAGGCUAUACCGCAAGAACAACGAUCCCACAUACUUUGGGCCUGAAGUCCUUCAUCAAGGCAACAUCGAAGAAGUCGUCAAACAAGUACAUAAUGAAGGCCAUUUCGGUGAAGUUAAAACAUGGCAACGCAUUCGUGAAAACUUUUGGAGUCCUGGUCUAUCACACUAUGUCAAAGAUUUUGUCAAAGGAUGCCAAACGUGUCAAUUUCGACAACGUGUUCCAAGGCGGCGUUAUGCUCAAGCACAUCCCAUCAAAACACCAACACGUCCAUUCUUUAUGAUCGGCUGUGACGCAGUAGGUCCCACUUUAGAGCCAACAAGACAUGGAAAUCGCUAUCUAUUGGUUGCAAUUGAUUACUUGACAAGGUGGCCGGUAGCAGCUGCAGUGCCCAAUAUCAACGAGGAAACAACGGCAGACUUCUUAUUUAAUCACGUGGUGAAGACCUAUGGUGUCCCUUCAUAUAUUUUGACGGAUCGAGGAUCCAAUUUUACAUCAGCAUUUGUACGGGAAUUCUUACAAGAUAUGGGUUGCAGGCACAUUACUACCACGGCAUACCGCCCUCAAAGCAAUGGUCUAUGUGAAAGAUUGAAUCAAACGUUGACUCAAACAAUUGCCAAGAUAGCAAGGGAUGAUGACAAAACCGAUCGAUGGGAUGAGUACGUUGAUAUGGCGUUAUUGGCAAUUCGUACAAUGCCAAAUGAGUCAACUAAGUUUUCACCAUCCAUGUUACUUUUCGGGUAUGAAUUACGCACUCCCGCGACAUGGCCCGCCCCAAGGAUUGAUUAUGUGGAAGGUGAAAUUGAAUUGGAGAUUGCUCAGCGUACGCAGGUGAUUAAACAUCUUUCCGAAACGAGUCGAGAACAAGCGAGAGCACGAGUCAAGGAAAGGCAAGCACGUGACAAACAGCGAUACGACCAAUUUGUGGCUCCCCGACGACGUUUUCGAAUUGGAGAACAAGUCUUAAUGCGCGACAAGGCACCAGUUGGCAAAUUCAGUGAUAGGUGGAUCGGGCCCCUUACCGUGACUAAGGUCAAUAGUUUGGGUACCUACCAUUUGGCAGGACCAUCAUCAAGAAGAUUGGAAGGCGCGGUGCAUGGAGACAUGCUGGUACCUUAUUAUCAUCGCAAGAACAUGGUACCCGAUGUUCAAGUACAACGUGCUGCAGAGAAAUUUCAAGCUUGGAUAUCUCGUUCAAGGAUGGAAUAG